AGUGAAAUCACUGGUCUCGAAGCGGAACAUCUCCUUGGUCGCAAGCCGGAUAUUCUGACGCCGAAUGGGCUCAAUGUGGUGAAAUUCUCGGCGUUGCAUGAGUUCCAAAAUCUUCAUGCAUUGGCAAAGGAGAAAAUCCACGACUUUAUUCGAGGUCACUUUUACGGGAAUCUAAACUUCGAUCUGGAUAAGACGUUGUAUUUCUUCACAGCAGGGCGUUAUGAGUUCACAAAUAAAGGAGGCGAUUUCUUUAUUGAGGCACUCGCUCGUCUGAAUUACAAGUUGCAGGCGUCUGGAAAUAGCGCUCGUAGAGAAGAGUAUAACAAUAUG